GCUUUCCUCAGGCACCGCUUCCUGUAGAUGUCUUGGAGAAUAGAAGCAGCAGCAGGGAAGAUAAGGGAGUGAGAGGGUGAAAGAUGCGUCCGCCUCCUCCGAGAGCCAAAGAUGGCUAUAGGAGUCGGGGUCAGUUGUAAUAGCAACAGUCUGGGUUAGUUGUAACAAUAAUGCAAAUGUUAAAACUCACCACACUAUUACUUGAACUUAUAUUAAACAAGUUGGGGCAAUAACAUCAGCAGAGAGAGGUUCACUGGUCACCUUUGUAUAUGCGGUUAAUGCCAUUGGCAACACAUUUCCUCCAAUGUUUGUGUUCCCACGCAUACCUUAUGAAGAUUACUUUGUCAGAGAUGAAAUGUUACAACUAUCCCCCGUCUCCCCUACAGAUGAAAAUGUGUGAUCAACAAAUUCAUUUAAAACAGGUUCAAGAAUCCUUUGGCUCUCUUAAAGAUAACAAAUGUGAAGACGUUAGCCCCACUGUUACAGUAAAAGAAGAACUGCCUCCAUGUGUAAGUUCAUCCCCAAACUGACAAAGGAUCAAUUAGUCUGUUAAAUAGUGAUGUCAACAUUUUUUCACUGCUAAGAGGUUAAAUCGAGGACUUAAUGAGGAAGUUUGGAGAAACAUGUUUUUAUGGUAUUCGACUGGUUUUGGACAUGACAAUGAAUAAACAUUAGAUGACAGUUUUAUCGUGUUUGUUGAUUUUCAUAAAGCCAUAAAUUUUAAGACCAUUCAAUACUUUGGAUUUGGGAAUAAUGUUUGAGAGCCGUCACCACUUUAUAUCAGGGCUGUAGAGCUCCAUUAAAGGGGCUUGGGGUACAACUCAGAGCUUUGGGGUUAGUCGUGGGAUUGGACGAGGGUGUCCUUUAAGUCCGCUUCUGCUCCUUCUUGUCACACAAAUUAUGGAGUAUUAAAAAAGGACAGUUUCAGGGUAUCCCAUCCUUAGAUAGAGAUGGGCACAACUGGCUGAUGACACUGCAAUGUUCCUAUCAAAUAGACAUGAUGUGAGCAGGCAGCUACUUGUGUCAGGGCUGAAAAUGAGUCUGUCUUAUUCCCUCUCAAAUAUUUAAAUCUGUCAGAAUUAAUGGUAUACCUGUUAAAACAAAACUACAUAUUUGGGAGUGAUUAUUGAAAACAAUCAAAAAGGAUGUAAACUUCUCCAAUUUUUGCUCCUGUAACUGAACAAAAACAAAAAAAAUUAACAUGUGGCUGAUGAGAGAUUUGUGUUACUGCCGAAGACUGGACGAUGUUGCUUUAUGACCAGAAAUGCCCAAAGAGAUCUCUACAGAGUUACAUCAACUUUGAUUUGAUUGAUAUGGAGAAAGAAAAGCCAUCGCUUCAAAAGGAUAUUCCCCAUAAAGCAAACAAAAAGGUGGUCUGGAAUGACCUCACGGCACAAGCAUAGUCCCAACCAAUGAUGGUGAUGCAUCUUUUCAACAGCUCAAAUCACAUAAUGAAGCACUGUCGUCAUUUCAGAGAGUUCAUCUUUGGUCAUGUGAUAUUCUCGAGCCCGACACGGGCUUCUUUUGGACACGCUCAUGUUCAAACGUUUAUUCAUACAAAUUAGUUUUUAAUCUAAUAAACGUAAAACAGAUGCACCACACCGAUAGCCUGAUAUUAAACAGAAGUUGCUAACGCAGAGAGGGUGAUCACAGUUAGGCGGCUCAUUUCAAGCUGCUGUUCAUAUUUUUGGCCACCAGAUGUCACCAAAGAGGCCUGAAGCGCUUCGAGUAGUGAACCAUCUCGGUCGAGGAACAUGGUGCAGGUUCACCGAGCGACCCCCGGCCCGGACGCGCUCCGCUCAGCUUCGUUAGCACUUUCAGUGAUAAUGAUCAUUAUUCUGGUGAUUUGUGACACAGAGCAGGAAAAUGAACAUUUAAUUACAUAAACUUUUUUUUUUUUUUUUAAAUCACUGAGCACGCUCAGUGCUGCUGUUGGUUUCUAAGGUGAGGCCUGCACAGUAGAGCUUUGAGACUUUGAAGGUUCCUGUCCUUCAGCCUAAUGAAGAAAAUCACUGCAGUCGUCCCAGGUGGGCUGGAGCCAGUCUUUGGAUACGACAGGCCCCUCCAAACCGUCUGGAUUGCCAAGAACCCGCCAGGUUUCGCCUUUGUGAACCCGUGAGAUGCUGAUGACGCUGUCCAGGGGUUAGAAGUGAGUACUGCACCCACCUGAGCACACGCUUUCAGUUUCUGAUGGUACGAUCUUUAGCUGUUCAUUAGUGACACCAUCAGUGACGUCACAAGGUUAAAUAGGCUGAGUUUAAUGCUGUCAUAAUACAUCACUUUGAUUAGUUGCUCUCUCAGGGUUAUCUCCAGCAGUCAGGUACUGCUGAGCUCUCUACUGGUAUGCCUCGGCGCUCCCAGUAUCAGUACGCCUACGACUCUCAGCAUUACAGCCUCCUUAGCUGGAGGAGCAGGUAACCCGUGUGGACACAUGUUUUAGCCUCAGUGGCGGUAACCUCAUGCUGCAAAGACACGGUGAGCUAAACCCAUCCAGGUAAUCGUUAAUCUGCUGUGACAUCAUGAAUAAAACUAUAAACCCCUUGAGUGCGAGCACAUUCCCGGGCCCUCUGGUGGUGGUCAGAGGGCCUGGUGGCGCCAGUGUCCGGCAGCCUCGCCUCUGUCAGUGCGCCCCAGGGUGGCUGUGGCUACAUGUAGCUUGCCUCCACCAGUGUGUGAAUGUGUGCGUGAAUGGGUGGAUGACUGAAUGUGUAAAGCGCUUUGGGGUCCUUAGGGACUAGUAAAAGCGCUAUACAAAUACAGGCCAUUUUACCAUUUACCACAGAAUACAGGAGACAUCCUUGCUGCACAGGUCUUACGGCAUCACCUGACUUGGCACUUCCUGUUACAGGUGCGUGGUCACAGCGUGCUGUGGCAGCAUGCGUCAGGAACUCUGAACUUUCAGGUAUAUUGAUCACACCUGUGGCUCCCUCCCUCUCUCUCUCUCUCUCUCUUGCGAUCACUGAGCUCAUUUCCUGUCUGUUGAUGUGUCGAUAUUAUUGAUUACUGAUUAACGAUUGUUGUGCUUCAAGCUGCGUUUGGUUUCACUUCCUCUCUGAUCGAUAAAGACUGAUACCAGCACGCCCGUGUCUGGCUGGACUUAAACAGCAUGUGCGGAUGUUUGUCUGAGUUUGCUCAAACUACUCUCAGCUGGCUGACCUUUGACCCUCCUGAGCAUUCUUGCUCUGAGCUCACAUCAAGCUGCUCAGAGGGUUUAAACUUCGUCACCCCUUCUUUCCAGCUCCACCCAUGUGGUGAUGUCAUCGCUGGAUGGAGCAGCUGCUGAGCUCUGGAGAGCCAGACGGAGGGUCAGACCUGCAGACCGAACAGCUGAAACAUGGCAGACUCUUCAUCGUCCUCCAACAACUCUUCGUCCUCGCUGAGAGACCUCACGCACACAGCAGCCUCACAGCUCGUGCACUGGAGAGAACCGAAGAAAUCUGGAGCGGCGUUCGGCCUCUCACUGCUGGUUCUUGUUUCCUUGGCAACACUGUCAGUCAUCAGCGUGCUGUCCUAUUUGCUCCUGGCGUGCCUCUGUGUCACAAUCACCUUCAGAGUUUAUAAAUCCGUGAUCCAGGCUGUUCAGAAGUCCAAUGAAGGUCAUCCAUUCAGGUCUCUGUUGGAGAGGGACAUUUCGGUGUCCUCAGAGUCAGUUCGGCAGCUCGCUGACCAGUUUCUGAUCCACUUGAACUGGUUCAGUAAUCAGACAAGGAGGCUGUUACUGGUGGAGGACCUGGUCGACUCUCUGAAGCUGGCAGCCGUCACCUGGGUGAUGACGUACGUUGGUGCCGUGUUCAAUGGCGUCACCAUCUUGAUCCUUGCUGACAUCAUUUUCUUCACUACACCGUUGAUCUACCAGAAGAAGAAGGCUCAGAUUGAUCAUCACGUUGAGGCCGUUCGGCUCAAACUGGAGGAAACUCUGCAGAGGUACCUGUCGUCUUUUACAAAGGCUCCCACCUGUUCUACCUCUAUGAAGAGUUCGACUGAACUGAGCAUGCUCAGUGUGUUCAUACUGUCUGUUCUUCUUGAACUUGUCACCUGUCUAUAGUUAAAGUUCACAGUCAGUUUGCAGGAUAAGUUACCUGGCGCUGUGAAGAAAAGCAAGGUUGAGUGACACCUGAGAUGUUGAAGCUCUGCCCCCUCCUCUCAUUCGCCUGUUUGUCUGUGACUCACAAGACUUUGAAUAAAAUCAGACUGACGAGAAACAAGCCAUGUGUUUUUAUUCUGGCCCAGCGUCACCUGUCCUCACCUGUCCAAGCCGUCAUAUUCAGAGGUGUGAGCGUGGUCAUGUUUACACAGUUACUUCCUGAUGUUUGGACAGGAAGCAGCUUCAGUUUCACGACAGCGAGGAAGCUGAGUCAUGGAACUGUGAAUUUUAUUUUGUUGGAAGUAUUCUGUAGUAUAACUGCACUGUGAAUGCCCUUCAAAAUAAAGAUCACCAUGACUGUGACCAGUCAAGAGUGAUGCUUUUAUUUUGAAGGCCUCUGAGAGAGGUUUAAAUAUCAGAGAUAAAAAUAUCUCGCUGCGCAAACAUGAUUCCGUGUGCGCUUUUACUUUGUCUCCUUCACGCCAUCAUGGCUGAAAACAGACUCGUCUCCGUGGACUUUGAGGUCUUCGGGAACGUGCAGGGUGUGUGCUUCAGGAUGUACACAGAGGAUCACGGACACAGUCUGGGGCUCAGCGGCUGGGUGAAGAACACCAGACAGGGCACUGUGAUUGGUCAGGUCCAGGGACCGUGGGACAAAGUCAGUGACA